AUGCAGCUUUGCAGUGGAGCUGAAGAGAAUCCCACAGGUGUCUGCGCUAAGCUUGUUUUUGCACAUAUUGAUGAAUCUUUUGAUGAUGAUCCAUUGCUUCCAUUAGGUUUCUCUUUCAUUCCACUAGAGCCUAAAUCAGUGAAAAUAAGAAGAGUACCUGCUUCAACCAGCAGCUACUGUUCUUGCUGCUCCAGUCCAUGUUCCUGUAGGGAAGCAACCUACUUGGCCCAUUCCUUAGAACCGUACAGGCAUUAUCGCAGGCUGCUUGGAACAUAUUGCAGCUAUCAUAAGCAGUUGUUCUUUCAGAAAAUAUAUGAGAACUACUCCUCGAGCAUAAGGGCUGAACUCAAAGGAAAGUGUCAGCAAUUCAUUCGAUUGAGAUAGAUGAUGAAGAUUUUUUGAACUAUUAUAGAAGUUAAAAUAUAUUAUGUUCGGUUUUAUGAAAUUUAUUGGUAGUACAUAAAUUAUUGCUUUAUACGUAUGUGUUGUAUAAGACAAAUUGUUUUUUAUUUAAUGUUUAUUGCAAAAUAUGUACAUUUGAA